UUCACGACCUUAUUUCCAGUUGAUAGCAGAUGAGUUUGAUAGCGAUAGCCCCCAACACUCGUAGAUGUCUUCCAGCUUGGGUGGGGGGGAUGUCGGACAGUAACACAACCGCACUUGCCACCCGUCAGACAGGCCGGAGAUACCUCCUUGCUGGAGGGAUCAAGCCAUCGCAAGCAUCCUUCCGCAGACUCAAAAGACGCCACAAAAGUCUGGUCGAACCCCGGACUGGCGCGCUUCUCCUGCCUGUCGCAGCAGCUGCCAAUCCUGAGCCCCAAUCGCGUGGUCAAACCGUUGCCCGAUCCAUGGUGAGAUGCGACAAUUGUAACCUCAGCCUCUCGGCCUGUCCGUCUAACGCUUGAUUCGGCCAAGUUCACCCCAUCUCUUAUCUUGAUUCGCCAUCGCCUGUUUUCCAACGCGUCCGAAGAAGUCUUCCAUGCGUUCCCUGCAUUAUUUUGCUGAUACCGACUGCCUUCCCUAUAAAGCAAGAUCGCACGCUCAUCCUUUUAAACCCGGUCGCUCACCCCGUCCUCUCUUCUUUUCUUUCCCAUUCCUUCCAUCCCCCCAUCCUUUUUUUCUCGCUCUUCUUUGACAGUCUUUCGCUUCUGCUCGCGACACAAUGGGCGCUGAGGAGCCCAAGAAAGGCCCUGCCGAUGUCGAGACCGGCCCUGCGCCUCCGCCUGCCUAUGUUCAGGAUGGCCAGAUUCACAGCUAUGAGGACGAGGACUUUUUGACCCGAAAUGGUCUCAACUUCAAGUCUUUCCAGCGUCGCCCGGCCGACUAUGUUGAGCUGCCGCGCCGAAUGAAAACCCGCCAUAUGCAUAUGAUUGCCAUUGGUGGUUCCAUUGGUGCUGGUUUCUUCGUCGGUUCUGGUAGCGCUCUCAACACUGGAGGCCCUGCUUCUCUGUUCCUGGAUUUCACGAUUAUUGGUAUUAUGAUCUUCAACGUCGUCUACGCUCUUGGUGAACUGUCUAUUAUGUAUCCUAUCACUGGUGGUUUCUACACUUACUCCUCGCGCUUCAUUGACCCUUCCUGGGGCUUUGCCAUGGGCUGGAAUUAUGUCUUCCAAUGGGCCAUCAUUGUCCCUCUAGAAUUAACAGUCGCCGGUCUCACAAUAGAGUAUUGGGGAGUUGACAUUAGUGUCGCGGUCUGGAUUACUGUGUUCCUGGUCGCCAUCAUUGUCCUCAACAUUUUUGGCUCUCUUGGGUACGCCGAAGAAGAGUUCUGGUCUUCGUGCCUAAAGCUCGGCGCCAUUAUCGUCUUCAUGAUCAUCGCUUUGGUCCUUGUUCUCGGUGGUGGUCCUUCGGGUCACAAAUACGACGAGUACUUUGGUGCCCGCUACUGGUACAACCCCGGUGCCUUCAAGAACGGAUUCAAGGGUUUCUGCUCUGUUUUCGUGACUGCUGCCUUCUCCUUCAGCGGUACCGAACUGGUCGGCUUGGCCGCAGCCGAGUCCGAAAACCCUACCAAGUCCCUACCCGGAGCCAUCAAGCAGGUCUUUUGGCGUAUCACUCUCUUCUACAUCGUUGGUCUUACGUUCAUUGGCCUUCUCGUCUCCUCAGAGGAUGAGCGUCUCUUGGGUAGCGGCUACAUUGACGUUUCCGCCUCGCCCUUCGUGAUUGUCGGUAAAGAUGCCGGUCUUAACGGCUACGACUCAUUCAUGAACGUCAUCAUCCUCGUCUCUGUGCUCUCCAUUGGUGUCUCUGGCGUGUAUGGUGCUUCCCGUACCCUCACCGCGCUUGCCGAGCAGGGAUACGCCCCCAAGGUCUUCACAUACGUCGACCGCUCCGGUCGCCCUCUCUGGUCUGUGCUGAUUAUCAUCCUCUUUGGUGUCUUGGGAUACGUCAACGUGGACUCAUCUGGUGAGGAAGUGUUUGCCUGGCUCCAGGCCUUGUCCGGUCUGGCCGCGCUCUUCACCUGGGGCUCCAUUUGCUUGGCCCACAUUCGUUUCCGCAAGGCGUGGGCUUACCACGGUCACACACUUGACGAGAUCCCCUUCCACGCCGUUGGUGGUGUCUACGGUUCUUACCUCGGUUUGUUCCUGAUCUUCAUCGUCCUGGCCGCUCAGUUCUUCGUGGCCAUUGCACCCCCCGGUGGCGGUCUCAACGAUGCCGAGGGCUUCUUCAAGUCCUACCUUGCCCUCCCGGUAGUGCUCUUCUUCUGGGCCUGCGGUUACCUCUGGAAGCGCCAGGGCUGGCUCCGAACCGCUCAGAUUGACGUUGACAGCGGCCGCCGGGAGAUUGACUGGGAGCUGAUCAACGCUGAGCGUGCCAGAGUUGCUGCCCUGCCCAAGUGGCGUCGCAUCAUCAACCUUAUCAUCUAGUAGAUUUAUCCUGUCGAUCGAUAUGCACGCCAUUCUCUCUAAGGUGUCCUUUCUAGGACGAUCUGGGGAUAGAUGGGUCUGUUUCAUGUCUACUAGUUUAAUAGCUCAUCCUCAUCUUAACUAAGGUUGACCAUUGUCUUAGUCUAAUCUACCCUCUACCUUUUUACAAAAUGACAAAUGGAUUCGCCACCUCCACGUCCAGACCAUACUCCGUAAACCCUGCCCCAUUUCCUGCAUAUGUGUCUGAAUCUGGUCACCCGCCCAAGGUGUGAUUUCCACGAUCCCUC